AUGGUGCUAUUGACAGCUACACCAGGCAUCGUAUCGGCGAUCAAAGCUCUUCCCACGACAGCACGCGAGGAGCUUUCUUUAGCUGAAACUCCCAGCUUGAACGAUCCUAUAUCCCAUGAGCAGCUAAUAUCAAUUGCACGGAGGCUCUCUUCUAAUCCAUCGAAAUUAACAAAUACGAAUGAAGAAGAUGAUGUCGCGGAAACGGUUGAUUCUCUGACUUGCGAAGGCAGCAAGUAUACAUUGAACAGCCUGCUCCGUGGAACGAAGCUCUACAUUCCUCCUCCACCUCCGAAACCUGCACCAAGUCCGGAAUACCUUGCCCUGAAAGCGAAGCUGUUGGCAGAAGCAGAACAAAACCAAUACAAUUCCCUCCUCCAUCCUCUCGCCCCAUCCGAAUCGAAACGUCAACCUGCUGCGAUAUUUGCUUCUCCCUCGAGUCGGAUACACAAUGGAACUAAACAGUCCGUUCUUAUGGAGAAUGACGAAUCCGAUCCUAUCACUCCUUCUCUAGUGCUAAACAUUCUCGUCUCUAUACUAUUUACCGGAUUUGCGACUUACUGGGGUCUGUCUAAUUUCCGAAUACCAAAGCUGUCUACCUUACUGCCUUGGUCAAAACAUUCUAGCGUCCGAAGCAUCGACCCUCACGCCUAUUACUAUUAUCCUCACGCGCCUUCUUCGCAACCAUUUCGGGUGUUCGUCUCUCUAUUUGUUGGGAUAUUGGUUGGUGUUGCUGAAGUGGUGGUUUAUGCCUCUUACCUCCGAAAAGUAGCAAAGGCAAAGGCAAAAGAGAAGGCUAAGGUUGAGAAGAAGGUGUUUAUUGGGCUGGUUGAAGAUCCACCUCAUGAUAAGAACCAGGUCCCAGCCAAAGUAUCUACAUCUGUUUCGUUUAAGGAUGGUGAGAAAGAGGAGAUAUGGGGUAAAGGUGUCAACGGUGGAGCUCGAAGGAGAGUUCGUGACAAAUGGAGGGAGAAAGAGAGCAGGUUUGAACAGGAAUGA